CUCAAUGACAGUGAUAUUGUCAACACGUUAAGUCACAUGUUACCGAGCUAGCAACUCAAUGACAGUGAUAUUGACAACGCGGAUGUAUAUUGCUCCUGUUUUAAAUGCACAAGGUGUCCAUUUUUUCCUCUGACAUGAAUAGUUGGAUAUACGCAGCUUGGCUCGGGACGGAUCACACAUGCUGAUUGAGACUACAGGUGCCGCUAGCCUCCCUUCACCGAGAUGGGUAAAUGUGUAUCGAGGAAUGAGGAUAUCCCCAAGCUCCCUCCCUCCAUCAGCCAGCUGAAUGCCGGUACGUUUGACCCGACCACACAGCCCUCUACAAGUUACAACGAUGCCAGUCUGUCCACCAAGAAGCGGAGCCUGCCACCGCUGCCGCCAGUUCAACAGGUCAUCAAGUUCCUGGCCAUGUAUGAUUUUGAGGCUGUAAAUGAUGAUGACCUAUCCUUCAAAAAGGGGGAUCGUCUUGAAGUUGACGAGGGAAGCCAAGAGAACAGUGACUGGUGGGUAGCAACCAACGCACUGACCCGACGGAAGGGGUACAUCCCCAGAAACUACGUGUGUAAGGACGACGAGUCCCCACAAGCACAAGACUGGUGGUAUAAUUGUGACCGUAAAGAGGCCGACAAGAUGCUGCUGCUUCCUGGCAACAAACUUGGCACUUUCCUGGUCAGAGAGUCUACAGACAAGUCCUCCCAUGUGUUGUCGGUGCGAGACAACGUCCCGAGCGUCAAACACUACCGUAUGCGGAAGUUGGAUAACGGAGGCGUUUACAUCAACACAAAGAGAACAUUUCCUGAUGUAAUUGAACUUAUAGACCACUAUAAAAAGAAUGCAGAUGGGCUGUGCGCAGUGCUAACAAAAGCGUGUCCUAGGACCCGACCGAUUGUACACUUCCGGGACCUAGAAGUGGCCCGAAAUGCGGUCAAGAUGGCUGCCAAACUUGGCGCUGGGUGUUUUGGCGAAGUAUGGAAGGGGGUACUGCGGAAUGUGAUCGACGUUGCCGUGAAGACCCUCAAACCUGGCACCAUGUCCCCGGAAGCCUUCAUGGCCGAGGCGAAGAUCAUGCACAAGCUGCGCCACACCAAGCUGGUCCAGCUGAUAGCUGUCUGCACCGAGGAGGAACCCAUCCUCAUCAUGACGGAGCUGAUGGCCAAUGGCGCCCUGCUGGACUACAUCAGGAAGGACGAGGGCAGGCUGGUCCGUUUCCCCACCGUCAUCGACAUGGCCUCCCAGAUUGCAGACGGAAUGGCUUUCUUGGAGAAGGAGAACUUUGUCCACAGAGAUCUCCGUGCUGCUAACAUCCUCGUUGGGGAGAACAAUGAGGUCAAGGUUGCUGACUUCGGUCUGGCGAGAAUUCUCCAAGAUGAGGAUAUUUAUGAGGCCACAGAGAAUACAAAAUUCCCCAUCAAGUGGACAGCACCAGAAGCUGCUCUGGACAGAAAGUUCUCUGUCAAGUCGGACGUGUGGUCAUUUGGUGUCCUCCUGUACGAGCUGGUCACCUUCGGGAGAGUUCCCUACCCUGGUAUGGGCGGUUCGGAGGUCCUUCACAAGGUUGAUAAAGGCUACCGGAUGCCCAAACCCUCGGGGCCAAUCAGCUACGAUGAUUCGUACUAUGACGUCAUGCUCACGUGCUGGAACAGGAAACCCGAGGAUCGUCCAACGUUCGCGUAUCUGCAUGAUGUGUUUGACGACUUCAUCGUGUCAACUGAAAACAGCUACAACGAGACAGCAGCCAUGUGAUGACGCCCUGUCACCCCUACAAAAAACAAUAGACUAUGCCAGAAGGAACGAUAAUCCAUAUGCAAUAUGGCUAUGGAGAGAUUUGAUUGGUGCGCGCAUAUGUUAUUAACCAAUCAGAAGGUUCAGGGAGACAACAUGCUUUGAAAUCAGCCAUGACAAGCAGCAAAAGCACAUCCAUUGUUAGAUUAUUUUGUGUUAGUUUGUUUUAAAGUAUUACACCGUCUGUAUUUAGGUGUUUUUUUAUGUUUGUAUCACUUGGGUAAUUUAUCAAAUCAUUCUUAUAUAUCAGACAUAUUGUAAUAAUACCAUACGAUAAAGGUCAGAAUAAUAGCUGUAACGGUGUAACACUGGUUAAGAGAAACAGUUCUAUCUUGUCAAAUCAUGUCGGACAAGCAAUCCGAAGGGAAACUACCCACUCCACUCAUCUGUCCCGUACGUCAUCUCAUCUUCCCGAGGCAAGGGAGUUAACUGACUGAAGUCCAAUUUCCACCAGUGUCUAUUUCGAAAUAUGUCCCUUUUAUGUCCUUCCUAUUGACCAAUCUGAUUCCAGCUAUAAUAUUGCCUGCAUUUGCUUCAAACAGGAUGGUGGCCCCCAGUAAGGACGAUUUGAUCGAUAAUCAAGAUCUAUAUUGUUACUAAACUGGCCUUACCUUACGAAGAACAUCAGAUUACUUGAGCGCCUUGAUUAUGAAAAGAUUAGGAAAGUAUCUUUCGACACCAAGUUGCUAAACCUGCAAUCGACGUAACUCUGCACGAGAGAUUACGAAGCGGGUGUCGAUUUUGAUUGGACUAUGCAUAGACUCGUUAGUGCAACCAAAAUAUAAUUUCAUAUUUCCUGCCAAGUUCGUCAAGGGUGGAAACUGGACUUUUAUAGUCGCAAAACUCCCUUGCCUCGGGAAGAUGGCGUCUUCGAGGCUAGCGUUUGGAAGGAUCCGUAUUGGAAAUGGGUUCAUUAGAGGUUGUUACCCUUGCACAAAACCGAAUAAUCAACAAAGUCAUGUUGUAGGAACUAUGUGUGGACACCGUUGCUGUUCGGGUUACAAAAUAUGAUCAGUGAAAGAAGGGAGAUAAGUCGUUCCGUCUGUAGUUACCUCCCCUGCGGUAGUGCAGAUUAACUAUUGACGACAUUAUGUGUCGACAACUCUUCUUACCCUAUGAAUAGGGGCCCGGAUUAGAUUGGAUCCUGGGAAUCUUUUCCUUGCCCAAGAGUCGACUAAUGUGAGUCGGUUGGUCAGGCGUGGUGAGUUGGUUGAUUACCUACCAUCGUAUCUCAAUGGUGCUGAACGUAGUUUGCAUAUGAACUACUAUUUUUUAGGUUCGGAAUCGAAAAUAUACUACUCAAAAGCAGUUAAAGAACACCCGGUUUUUUUCACAUGGCUAUAGUUAGUCUGUCAUGGCCAUGACAUGGUAACUGUAGUCAAAUGAAAACAAAUCGGGUAUAUAUGUCUUGGAUGCCUCAGUCGUUGAAAUCUACCAAAAAAACCACGCCUCCUAAUGUAUUCCGCAUCAGUGACAAAAAUGAUGUCCGAUGCUGUAUGUGUCCUUGUUUUUUCAGGCGAACAAUUGACUUGCCUUUGCAUGUAUUUGUGACGUGUGCCACCGGUGGGGCAGGAUACGCUAAGUUUUUCGCGAACACCUGUUAUCAUUACUAUUUGAUAGUAGUUCAUAAACACAUGCUCAUGAUAUAUUCGGAAUCGUACAAUCGACGAGAUUUCUACUGGGUAUGGAAAGGGUUUUGUCGCGUUAUCCCAGAACGAGGCUGCCAUUAUCGAAAUAGGUUCUUCGUCACUGGGUUUUUCUAAACAUGAUGGUACUUAUAAAACUGGAGUCGUGUGCAGAAACGGAAUUCAAUUGUGACGUUUUUGGUCACGUGUUACUUUAGGUCUUCCAGCCUUUGUUUAUUGAUUGAUGGGUUCCUUUAAAGUCUCUCCAUAUUUCGGCUUCCAUUCAACUUUCUAACAGUCCGAUUAUGCACCCGAAUCCGACCAUCAGUUGGAACAAAAACAGUGGAACCAGACUGAGUAUUCAUACUGUUAUCAAUGCUAUGUGGUAGACAAAGCCAAGAGUAAAUAAUCCACUAUUAGUUGUCGGAGAUAAUCAUCAAACUAUCUAGCUGAAGCUUUCAGAUUUAAAAAAAAUAAAAUCAUUUCAAUAUGACAGACAAUACCUUUAUUCCAUGCUCUCAAAACCACUUGCAUUGAUACAUCUAGCGACCGAUACUUUGUUUAUGUCACGUUCAAGUUCGACGUUUUUGUUCAGGUUUAAACGUUUUAGGCCAAUAAGCUUCGAUGCAUCUAGCCUGAAUUUAGUCUGUAAAUAUGUUGAAGAAAUAAUAUAUUGACAUUAUGUUUUAAAAUAUUGAUGAAAAUAUAUUUGUUAUUCAAGCUUUGUAAAUAAAUGUAUGAAAAUGAAACUUUGUUGUUGAUCAUGUGUGUGGUAAAUAAGUGCAGAUUAACUGUUGACGUCAUUAUGUGUCGACAACUCUUUUUACCCCAUGAACAGGGGCCCGGAUUAGAAUGGAUCCUGGGAAUCUUUUCCUUGCCCAAGAGUCGACUAAUGUGAGUCGGUUGGUCAGGCGUGGUGAGUUGGUUGAUUACCUACCAUCGUACCUCAAUGGUGCUGAACGUAGUUUGCAAUAUGAACUACUAUUUUUUAGGUUCGGAAUCGAAAAUAUACUACUCAAAAGCAGUUAAAGAACACCCGGUUUUUUCACAUGGCUAUAGUUAGUCUGUCAUGGCCAUGACAUAGUAACUGUAGUCAAAU